AUGUACUUGUAUAUGCCAGGACUUCUGCAAAAUCCCGGUCAAAAAUUCUGCGAGACGUAUUACAACUACCAUGCAGGUAUUCCACCCUCAGAAAUCAUAACAAGCAGCUGUGAUAUAUCCCUGUCCAGGGUUCACGAGUUUACGGGGAAAGACCAUAAGGUGACAAUUCACAAAGGCGUCGGUGACGUGUCUUAUUUUUAUUUGAGCUUCGAUGGUGGCACUGACUGCCACGUGGAGGUUUUGUACACAAUAAAAAGCACAGAUAUCGUGAAUGACUUUAGUAUCAAAGACAGACCACCUGGCUUUCGGCUGGAAAAUGCCAUUCCGACCGCCCAAAGGUGGAUCAAGGAAUGCUUAGACGGACACGAGACAUGUCCGAAGGAUACACAGCCACGGUCAUAUCCAACCCGACUACUCAAAAUACAAGAGUCGUCAGUACGCCUUGUUUUGCCCGCAAAGGAGGAUGUAUCCGGUUCUUAUGCGGUCCUCAGCUACUGCUGGGGCCCAAACCCGUCAUUUCUCCGCCUGUCAGCCUCAAACCUUCAGACUUUGCGAGACGGCAUACCUCACUCCAGUCUUCCACUUGCAUUUCAGGAAGCAAUUAGGGUGAUGAGAACUAUUGGAAUCCAGUAUUUGUGGAUUCACGCCUUCUGCAUUAUUCAGACUGGCCCUGGAAGCGACGAGGAUUGGAAAUCUGAGGCCAUGAAAAUGCAAGAAGUGUACUCGAACUUCCUCGUGAAUCUUUCACUUUCAACAGCUCCCAAUCUAGAUCAUAGCUGUCUUGAAGGUCACCAUGAUACAGAGAAAAAGGAACUUCGACCCUUUCAAGCUCAUGUCAAUCCGAACGAUGGCGACAAUCGCGAUGCGGGACCGGAAGACUGGGUGAUAAUACCGUCGUGGUAUUAUUCGGGAGGAAUCCAAUGUCAACCACUUGGAAAGAGAGCAUGGGCUCUCCAAGAGUGGUUUCUUGCGCCGCGAGUUGUGAGGUUAGGCCGAGGGGGACUCUUCUGGGACUGUAACCAGAUCCCAAGUGCGAGCGAGACUUUUCCAUGUGGCAGCCUGGUGGGAAAAGCUGGCUAUCAAGACCUGGAAUCCAUAUGGUUGACCUUUCUUGACAAAUAUAGCAAUUUCGAUCUUACCUAUCCCGACAAAGACAAGCUUAUAGCAUUCUCCGCCAUAGCAAGUAAGAUGGGCCAGGCGAUGAACGAUGUCUACAUCGCUGUCGAAGAUCAUAACAGCGCAGCCCAAAUAAUAAAAAGAAUCCCAAGUGAGAUCUGUGAGGAAGAGCGCAAGAAACAGAACAGAACUCCCACGUGGAGCUGGGCUUCGAUUGAUGGACCCGUGGUUGGGGGUUUGUAUAUGUAUUCGCACGAUCCCACUGGGAUUGCAGAGGCGAAGUCUUAUGAAUUAACUCUACUCGAUGACAGUCACCCAUAUGAGGCGGUAGUCUACGCGAGCCUCAGAAUCGAAGCCUUCUGCAAAGAGAUCGAACUGGUGACAAAGCAGUUUAAUUAUCCUCAUCUUGACGCACGUUUUGAAAUAUUAGAUGAAAUGCCGAUAAAGGGACAUUGCGUGCUGCUGGCAGCGUUGAUACAUUUUAAUCUGGGGGGCGAGGAGUGUGCUGAGGGACUGAUAUUGAGAAAGAAGGGAACAGCUGGGGAAGAGAUGUACGCCAGAAUAGGGAUUUUCCUUCUCAGGCUAGAUAAGAACAGUACCUUGGCCAACAUUUUCGAACAAUAG